AUGCUGCUACGUCGGUGCAUCAAUAUCGCACACCAACGGUGGCCUGCUUUGAUAAGCAAACAAUCCGCGAAAUCAAAUUGCUCCGGCACCAACCGAUGGAUUCAUCAAUCCGUGCCGGUCCAAGCCUCACUCAGCCUUGCCCCUUUGCCAGAGCGGAAGUUUGUGCGAGUGCAGGGGCCAGACACAGUCAGCUUCCUGCAAGGACUCAUGACGAACGAUAUGCGCCAUUUCGAGCACUGCGGAACCAUGUACACCAUGUUUCUCAAGGCGAACGGGCGAGUUUUCUGUGAUACACUGAUGUACAAGCGACCGGCUGGAACCGAGGAACACGACUAUCUCAUCGAGUGUGAUAGUAGCGUGGCAUCACGGCUAGAAAAGCACCUCAAACUUUACCGAUUACGAAAGAAGGUACAGGUGACGGAAGAUGAAACGUUCCAGUUGUGGGUUGUCUUCCGAGCGGAUCUGGAUGAAGAGCAACCCUCGGAAUCGACGACACCGAAUAGCCUAAGCUGUCCUGGAGGUCAUUUACAUGCGUUUAGAGAUCCGCGCCUUCCUCGACUUGGCUACCGAGUGUUGGCCGACAAAGACCAAUCGGAUCCUGCAGAGCGCCUAAGCAGUCUCUUCACCAGUGCCGUAGGUCCUGCGCAAAGCCCACUAUCCUUCACAACCUUCCGCUAUUCGCUCGGCGUGGGAGAGGGCGAGAAGAACUUACCGGACGGGAAAUGCUUUCCACUGGAAUGCAACUGUGAUUACUUGCACGGGGUAAGCUUCCACAAGGGAUGCUACAUCGGCCAGGAGCUGACUGCAAGAACGUAUCACACCGGUGUCAUACGGAAGCGCCUGAUGCCUUUGGAGUUCGAUUCGCCACUCGAAUCGCUGCCUGCCGAAUCGUUGACCGAUGCAGAAAUCAAAAACGCAGACGGUGCCGCCGUCGGUAAACUUCGAGGAUUUGAGGGUACACGUGGUGUCGGUUUAUUACGCAUCGAGAAGGUCCUGCCUGGUGGACAACUGACGCUGAAUGUGGGCGGCGGAGACAGCGCCAUUCCUUGUCGUACACGCAAACCAUUCUGGUGGCCCAGUGAAGCAACUGCGCGCUCCUAAAACAAUAGUCCAGCUUUAACCACCCACCCGAGCGAGCGUUAUGUUGUUGUAAAGCGUAGCUUUCUGUUUGUUUUUCUUUUCUUUUCGUGUUUCCUGCACCACUCUUGACAGAUGACUUCGGCAGA